GGCUCGAUCCAGCUUCCCCUUCCUCGGCUUCCGUCGCCGCCGCAGCCGCCGCAGUCACCACCACCGCCGCGGGAGGGUGGAACGGGGUGGGUGGGCUGGGCCAGGCCCGGAGAUCAACCGUCGGGAUAGGGUAGGGGGGGCCCAGCGUAUUCUUGCAGCGGAAAUAAGGGGAGAAUAUGGGAGGAAAGAACCAGGACAACCCCCGGAGAGUCAGAGCAAACCUUGUCAUACCCAGAUAUGGUCCAUCAAGCCCAUUUACAGGACACUUAAGCAUAAAAAGUAAUGCUUUUUGCACUGACUCCUCCUCUCUCAGACUAAGUACCCUCUACCUGAUCAAGAACCACAUGGCUGUUCACUAUAAUAAAAUCCUUUCAGCCAAAGCCGUUGUAGAUUGCUCAAUGCCAGUAAGCAUGACUUCCAGCAUUAAAUAUUCAGAUCAGCAGCGAAGAGAGAAACUUAAGAAAGAAUUGGCACAGUUUGAAAAGGAAUUAAAACUAGCUAGAAUGGCCACACAAACAAGUAACAGACUUAGUUCCAGUCCACUUUCAUCUGUGGGUCUAAAGCUUUCAGAGGAAUCACAAGAUAAGGAAGAAGAAACUGAAGAAGAAAAUGAAUUUCCAUCUUUAUCAAAAUCGUUACCACCUGCAUCAGAUAGACAAUUUCCAGAUUUUUCUAAUCUUGAAAAAACUGUCAGAAAUGAAACUCGAAGGACCUAUAGUACCUCGGGUGUGACAAAUUCCCGAAGACAGUUCUCUGGACCUUCAUAUAAUGUCUCUAGUGGCAGUGGUAGGAAUACCAAAACUCCACGGAAGUUUCAAUUAUUUACUUCAAAAGCACCUAGCGGAGAUCUCCUAGAGAAACAUUCUGCACGCUUUACUAACAAGCAGCUGCCAUUCACUCCUCGCACUUUAAAAACAGAAGCAAAAUCUUUCCUUUCUCAAUAUCGAUAUUAUACACCAGCUAAAAGAAAAAAGAGCACCCAGGAUCAACUGAUUGAGGCAGAAACCCAGACUGAUUUAAGCAGUUUUAAAACUCAUUUUGUGUCAGCUGAGUUGAACAACAUAGAUUCAGAAGAAGUGAUCAUAAAUGAGCCCAAGAUAUCCAGUUGUGAAAUGAAGGAAAAAAUUAUUUCUUCCCUGAGCUCCCCGAAUAACUUAGGCCGGGAGAAAGUUAAAGAAGAUGUUCUUCACUAUCCAUUAUCAAGAGAAUCCAUUCCAUGUUACCUGCAGUGUACUCCAGUGAAAAAAAUCCAGUCUGAAGAAGAAGAACUCCUAUAUCUGAGCUUCAUUGAAGAUGUAACGGAUGAAAUUCUGAAACUUGGCUUAUUUUCUAACAGGGUUUUAGAGAGAUUGUUUGAGCAUCACAUAGAACGAAAUAAACAUCAUUUGGAGGAGAAGAAAAUGCGCCAUAUGCUUCACGUCUUGAAGGUCGAUUUAGGCUGUACUACUCCAGAGGAAAAAUCUGAAAAAAUAAAUGGUACCCUUAACGUGUCGAAUUUGUUUGAUUUUGAAAAGCUUGGAAUUCCAGAAGAAAUACAAUUAACAGAUGAAAAUGAAAUCCCAGUGUCUCCUUCCAAAAGCAAAGAAUACCAAAACUCUCUGGAUUUACAGGAUAAAAUUCUGGAUGCAAAUUUAACCCAGAAGGAAAUGGCAUCCCCUUCCUCAAGCAAUGCCUCACAGCUCAGCUCUAAAGAUAAGUGUUCAGAAGACAAUGUUAGUGGGCAGGUGAUUAGUGAAACAAGUCUUGAACCAUCAGCACAGUCUGAAGAACCAAGUGUUUCCUACACCACCUCAGACCCAGUAUCCCCUACAGAGUCCUUUGAAGAAGGUGACAAUGACCUUGAAAAAACAGAGUCUUUAAGUGCUUUGGGUAAAACACACCUGGAAGAGUGUGUUCAAAAUUCCAUUAAGGAAGAUGAUGAUCAUGACACAAAAGAAGCAACUUCCAAACUCACUGAAGCAAUCAAUGAGCAAUAUCCCUUGGAUAACUGAUGUUAGUUAAUAAAUGCUCCAAAUGGCUAGUGAAUCAUUCUUUGUCUGUCUGUCACUCUGUCAUACUUUGAAACUGACGAAAUAUUUCAUGCAGGAGAGUGAGUCUUCAUAAAUAGUCUGUGUACCAAUGUGCCACAGUAUUCCAAGCAAUUGGAGAACUGUUGUUUCAGAUAAAGAGGCAGCAUUAUCUACUGGAAAGUGACACAGGUCUGGGACUCAGGAACUCUGUAUUCUAAUCCCAGAUCUGCCCCCAGCUCCACCUUGUGGCCAUAAGCAAAUCAUCACCUUGCGCUCAGUUCUCUCAUCUGUCAAGUAGGGAUACUGAUGCUUUUCACACAAAGCUCCAAUGCCAUGACAAAUGUGGAAGUGUUUUUAAAACUUAAGUGAAUAUAAAGUAGGAUUAUGUUGAUCUGGAUCACUGCAGUAACUAAGGAUGAAAAUAUUUCAAAUGUAGAAAAUAAAAAUACAAAUUUGAUAAAUUAUGUGGGUUUAUAAUAAAGGAACCCCAUUCCUACAAACAGUAUUUAUUUGAAUGAAAAUUUCUUUCCAUUAGGAAAGUAUUUUGCUUUAAGUACUAGAGUCAGGAAACCUCAUUUCAUUCAACUCAAAUGUACAUGUAUUGAGCUGUGUAUAGAAGCUUUUGUGAGACACUAGGGGAGAUAGAAAGUUCCAGUAAGAUUCUACCCCCAAACUCAUUAUAGUUUCAUUCUGGUGGAAUUUGAUAAUAGGGCAGCUGGGUGGCUUAAUGGAUGGAGUAUUAGACUUGGGGUUUGGAAGAGCUGUAAAUAUGGGCAAGUCAUUUAACCUCCAUGAGCCACAGUUUUGCUUAUUUGUAAAAAUGGGGAUAAUAAUUGUACCUCCCUAACAGGGUUGUAGUGAGGACCAAAUGAGACAAUGUAUGUAUUGUGUAUAUAUGUAUGUGUGUAUAUAUAAUGUAUAUAAAGUGCUUUGAAAACUUUAAUGUGCUAUGUAAAUAUUAGCUAUUAUUAAUACCUCUGCUACUUCUGAUAACAAAUAUAAAGUUAAUGUCUAUAAAGUA